AUGAGGACCACUUUCGUCGCCCUCGUGGCCCUGCUGGGCUUGUGCUCGGCAGCCGUCGUUCAGCACAAGUUGAUCUACCGUGAAUCGCAGAAGAUUCAGAUGAUUAGACGUGGAGAGUGGGGAGCGUACGUUCAGCACAAGGCGGCCCUUCGCGACGCCGACCCGGCCGUCUACGCCAACGUCCCACAGAACGUCAACGACUUCGGAGACUUCGAGUACCUCGGAAACAUCACCAUCGGAACUCCAGCCCAGCCGUUCCUCGUCGUUCUCGAUACCGGAUCUUCCAACCUCUGGGUUCCGGGACUCACUUGCGAGUGAGAUUUAUUCGAUUGAAAUGAAAGUCUACAAAAAAGUGUGUUUUCAGUGGCUCCUGCGCUGGAAAGAGAGAGUUCGACCAAUUAAAGUCGUCCACCUACCGGAGCAACGGAAAGCAGUGGUCCAUCCAAUACGGAUCCGGAAACGCCAAGGGAUACCUCGGAGUUGACACAGUUGCCUUCGGAGCUGCCACUGACACCCAACUGCCGGUUCCAACUACCACUUUCGGAAUCGCCACUCACAUUUCGUCGGACUUCAAGAAUGUGAGUGAGAGAGCAAAAAGUGUGCGAGAACCCAUCUCUCACCAAGAUAUAAUUCACCUUUUUUGUAGAUUAAGAAACCCAGUUUAUUGUAGUCUUUCUGUUUAGGAUGCUGCUGAGGGAAUCCUCGGACUCGCCUUCACCUCGCUCGCCGUCGACCACGUCGUCCCACCACUCAUCAACGCCAUCAACCAGGGACUUCUGGAUCAGCCAAUCUUCACCGUCUGGCUCGAGCACAAGGGAUCCGCCAACGACGUCGGAGGAGGAGUCUUCACUUACGGAGCACUCGACACCACCAACUGCGGACCAAUCAUCGCCUACCAGCCGCUCUCGUCCGCCACCUACUACCAGUUUGUCGCCACAAAAUUCUCCCUCGGAUCUUACUCGAGCUACAAGAACUACCAGGUCAUCUCCGACACUGGAACCUCUUUCCUCGGAGGACCGAGUGCUGUUGUCAGCGGACUUGCUGGUGCUCUUGGAGCUACUGUGCGUUCAUCUGAAUUCAAUAUAUUCAUAGAUUGAUUCCUUUUCAGUAUCACAGCGACGAUGACUCUUACUACCUGCCGUGCUCGACCUCCAAGGGAACCCUUGACAUCAAGAUCGGAGAAAACACCUACUCGAUUAAGCCCGUCAACUAUAUCAUCGACGUCGGCAUGGGAGACACCUGCAUCUUCGCCGCUUUCGCCUUCAACAACUUCGGAUUUGGACCCGCCUGGAUUCUCGGAGAUCCGUUCAUCCGCCAGUACUGCAACGUCUACGACAUCGGACAGCAACGCAUGGGCUUCGCCACGUCGCUCCAGGCCUCGUCGGCGUGA